UGCUUCGAAAAUGAAACUAGCUCGCUUGUUACUCAGAGAGAGACUCAGAAGGAAACGAAAAUAAAGCGUUCAAUUAAAAAAAUCUGAGGGGCGGUGGGUGUUUCCCUUUGAUACAGCGGAGGCGACAGAGCCACACGCUGGAAAUGUUGCCUAAACACACCUGGAUGGGACCUACAGCACUGACAUGGAAUUUGUAGCGAUAGGCUCAGCUACCUAUUGAUGCUGAAGUUCCUGUCACUAUGGCGCACUUUGACACAGAGUACCAGCCCCUGGAGGCGUCCUACAGCGACUCUCCUCCUGGAGAGGAGAACCUGUUGAUGCAUGUGCCUGAAGGGUCCAAAUCCCAAUGGCACCACAUAGAAAACCUGGAUCUGUUUUUCCAGAGAAUUUAUAACCUACAUCAGAAGAAUGGCUUCACAUGUAUGUUGCUGGGAGAACUCUUUGAGCUAGUUCAGUUGCUGUUUGUGGUUGGUUUCACGGUGUUCCUCGCUAACUGUGUGGAUUAUGAUGUCCUCUUUGCCAACAAGCUUGUAAAUCACACUAAUUCAUCUAAAGUCACGUUGCCCGGUGCGAUUUACCCUGUGGAAGUCUGCAGUGCCCAUAUCCGAAACAACACAUUUGUGAUCUUCUUGAUGAUAAUCUCUGGGGUGUUUUGGCUGCAUCGGCUAAUCAAAUUCAUCUACAAUGUCUGCUGUUACUGGGAGAUCCGAUCUUUUUACAUCAACGCCCUGAAGAUGAGCAUGUCUGAGCUGCCGUAUGCGACGUGGCAGGAGGUCCAAGCCAGGAUAGUUGAGAUCCAGAAGGAACACCAGAUCUGCAUCCAUAAAAAAGAGCUGACGGAGCUCGACGUCUACCAUCGCAUCCUCCGCUUUAAAAACUACAUGGUUGCCAUGGUGAACAAAUCACUCCUUCCUGUGCGAUUUCGACUUCCUGUUCUUGGGGACUAUGUGUUUUACACUCGAGGUCUCAAAUAUAACUUUGAGCUCAUCUUCUUUUGGGGACCAGGGUCUUUGUUUGAGAAUGAGUGGAGUCUAAAACCAGAAUACAAGCGAGGAGGCAACAGACUGGAGCUGGCAGACAGACUGGCGUCCCGCAUCUUGUGGAUCGGCAUCGCCAAUCUGCUGCUGUGUCCCGUCAUUCUGGUGUGGCAGAUUCUUUACGCCUUCUUCAGUUACACUGAGGUGAUCAAGCGAGAGCCUGGCAAUCUUGGGGCGAGGUGUUGGUCUCUUUAUGGCCGAUGCUAUCUGCGUCAUUUCAACGAGUUAGACCAUGAGCUCAUGUCCCGCCUCAGCAAAGGCUACAAGGCUGCAUCCAAGUAUAUGAACUGUUUCCUCUCACCACUGCUGACCGUGAUCGCUAAAAAUGUAGCUUUUUUCGCUGGCUCUCUUCUGGCCGUGCUCAUCGCCCUGACCAUCUAUGACGAGGAUGUUCUGGCAGUGGAACACGCUUCAUCCAUCACUCUGCUGGGAGUGUGCAUCACAGUCUGCAGGUCAUUUAUUCCCGAUGAGCAUAUGGUCUUCUGUCCUGAGCAGCUGCUGCUUCUCCUGGCUCAUAUCCACUACAUGCCUGACCACUGGCAGGGAAAUGCACACAGAUAUGAGACCCGGGACCAGUUCGCCCAGCUCUUUCAGUACAAAGCAGUGUGUAUUCUGGAGGAGCUGCUCAGUCCAGUGGUGACUCCCAUCAUCCUCAUCUUCUGUCUGAGGAGAAAGUCCCUGGAGAUCAUUGAUUUUUUCCGGAACUUCACAGUGGAGGUAGUCGGGGUGGGAGACACCUGCUCUUUUGCCCAGAUGGACAUCAGGCAGCAUGGACACCCUGCGUGGAUGUCCGAGGGGAAGACCGCAUCGAUUUACCAGCAGGCAGAAGACGGAAAGACGGAGCUGUCGCUGAUGCACUUUGCCAUAACACCUCAGUGGCAGCCUCCUCGGGAGACCACCCACUUCAUCAGCCAGCUGAAAGAGCGAGUGCACAGAGAAGCCACGGGGGCGCCUUCAGAAACACACCCAAUGUCCUUAUCGGAGUCUGAACCUCGGAGUCUUGUGGCAAACCUCUUGGCAGGACCCUCGACGCUGGCUUCUGUUCAUUUCGGCCGGGACUGCUCCCUGAUCAAUCAUGCCAUCGGAUUGAGCGAUGGGGCGUCCGCCCUGCGCUCCCUCUCCCCGACCAGUGCCGGCCCUCACCUGAGAGGAAGUUUAAGUGUUGCUCACAAGAGCACUGGGCACACGGCCAAAUCAAUGGCAGGCUCCGGGACUGAUGCUCGGACUGUGAGCUCAGGCAGCAGUGCAUGGGAGGGUCAGCUGACCAGCCUGGUGCUGUCGGAGUACGCUUCAACCGAGAUGAGCAUCCACGCACUUUACAUGCAUGAGCUCCACAAGCAGCAGUCUCACGGCGUGUUGUCCCGCCACACGUGGCACAGACAAGCAAGCGACGAGAGCAGCGACAGCGUCCCUGAUGAAGUCCGGAGCGAGCCGAACCCUCACUCCAGAAACUUACCUCGCUCGCACACCUUCCCCAACGCCGUUCCCAGUCCGAGUACCAUUCCCCCCUCAGCUUCAGACACCAGCAAUGCCACCCUGGGCCAGGAGGGGGCGAUACAAGGCAGCAGUCAGCGGCGCCACAGUGGACCCGCCACAGACUCUCUUGGAGCAGGAGGGAAAGUUGUCAGGUCUGCUCGUGUGCCUAUGGGAGGAUGGGCCGAGGAGGGCCAAGCUGCACCCCGACCCGAGCCACUCCCAGAAGAGAGCUCAGAGGACGAGAUGCCUCCUCGCAUGCACAGGGUUACAUAA